AGGAGUAAAGAGCACGAUUUCCUGAUCAGUGCGAAUGAGAUCUCUGUGGAUGUCUCUGCUGAACAGCAGGAGCUCCAUACUCUCGUGAAGAAUCAGUAUGCAAAGAGGUUCCCAGAGUUGCAAUAUCUAAUUCCACAACCUUUGGACUAUGCCAAAGUUGUGAUGACAUUGGGGAACUCCCUUGAUAUUGACGCUGAAGAGCUGUCAUUCCUGGGGAAAGAGAGGAUUUUGGUGCUGACGAUGUCUGCUCUACAGGCAAGGGAGUCUUCUAUUCCCUUGACACAGGAUGAAUUAGACACUGUUGUUCAAAGGUGUCAAUUACUCCUGAAACUCGAAGAUUUGAAGGUGAAGAUCCAACAGUACGUUUCGUCGAGAUUGGUUGUGUUUCUGCCCAAUGUGACUGCCAUUGUGGGGGCACGGACUGCUGCCCAAUUUAUGGGUCUGGUUGGUGGGAUAAACGACCUUGCAAAGACACCUGCGUGUAAUGUGGCUGGGCUGGGUAACAGAAGAACCAUCUCUAAGUCUGUCAGCCAGCAUGGGGUUCAACAGCAGGGCUUCCUCUACCACAGUGAUUUGAUACAAUCAGUACCACCUGCUUUGAUGAAGCAGGCGAUGAGAAUCACAUCGGGCAAGCUCGUCCUCGCUGCAAGGAUAGAUCUCUCGGAGAGUAUACCAGAUGGAUCACAGGGGCGUAAAUGGAAACAGGAGAUCCUGGAGAAGAUUGCCAAGUUGGAGGAGCCUCCAGAGAUCGUUGCGACAAAGGCAUUACCAGUGCCUAUUGAUAGAAAGGCAAAGAAAAGAGGAGGGAAACGUUACAGAAAGUUGAGACAAAAGUUUGAACAAUCCGACUUGAGGAAAGCACAGGACCGAGUUGUCUUUGGCCAAAGGGAAAAGACCGUCACCGAUGCCUUUGGCGAAGAGGUUGGGCUGGGAAUGCUCAGCUCUCUAUCUCGUAUUCCUCAAAAUGUCAACAACAAGGCAAAGAUGUCCAAGGGAAUGAAGAAUAGACUACAAAAUUCCAAUGGCACGGUGAACACUGAUAACUUUUUCAACCAGGAUUUU